UUUCAUAGGUCAGGUCAUUCAUCUGCAUGAAAUGGUUGGAUGGAAACUUGAUUGGUGACGCUUAAGUGUGUUGAAUAUAACGGACGGACGCCCAUAAAAUAUACAUAGCCUCAUUUAUUUACCGGCUGUCGGGUAUUCAUUCAUAUAAGACCUGUCCUCGUGGUCAUAACCGUCUCUCCGGUGAACCAUGACGGGAUACCUGAGGGUUCUGUCCUCCGUCUCGAGGUAUGGAGCGACGUUUACCGAAAACCCUGCUAUGUUUGCGCCUGCUGCCGCCGUGUGCCAGAGUCUGCGACACAGAAACUAUGCAGUUAAGCGUAUCAAGGUGAACCAGCCGGUGGUGGAAAUGGAUGGAGAUGAGAUGACAAGGAUCAUCUGGGAGUUCAUCAAGGAGAAGCUGGUCCUGUCUAACGUGGACGUGGAGCUGAAGUAUUAUGACCUUGGUCUGCCGUGCCGCGACCAGACAGACGACCAGGUCACCAUUGACUCGGCCAUCGCCACCAUGAAGUACAACGUCGCUGUCAAGUGUGCCACCAUCACCCCGGAUGAAGCCAGAGUCGAUGAGUUCAAGCUGAAGAAGAUGUGGAAGAGUCCCAACGGAAGCAUCAGGAACAUUCUGGGUGGAACCGUCUUCCGAGAGCCGAUCAUCUGCAAGAACAUUCCCCGUCUGGUCCCUGGUUGGACGCAGCCAAUAACGAUCGGCAGACACGCCUUUGGUGACCAGUACAGAGCCACAGACUUUGUAAUCACCAAGCCAGGGAAGUUUAAGAUGGUGUUCACCCCAGCUGACGGCAGCAAGGGGAGUGAGUGGGAGGUCUUUGACUUCGUCUCAGGAGGCUGUGGGUUGGGCAUGUACAAUACUGAUGAGUCCAUCACAGGGUUUGCCCACAGCUGUUUCCAGUAUGCCAUCAAUAAGAGGUGGCCUCUAUACAUGAGCACUAAGAACACCAUCCUUAAGUACUACGACGGACGCUUCAAGGAUAUCUUCCAGGAGAUCUUUGAGGAGAACUACAAGCCAGAGUUUGACAGGCUGAAGAUCUGGUACGAGCACCGCCUCAUUGAUGACAUGGUGGCACAAGUCCUCAAGUCCUCCGGAGCCUUCGUCUGGGCCUGCAAGAACUACGAUGGAGAUGUUCAGUCUGACAUAUUGGCUCAAGGUUUUGGCUCCCUGGGUCUAAUGACGUCAGUGUUGGUGUGUCCUGAUGGGAAGACCAUUGAGGCAGAGGCAGCCCACGGCACUGUGACACGGCACUACCGCCAACACCAGAGGGGCCGACCCACCAGCACCAACCCCAUCGCCAGUAUCUUUGCCUGGACCAGAGGGCUGGAACACCGAGGGAAACUGGAUGGAAACCCAGACCUCAUCAGGUUCUCCCAGACUCUGGAGAGGGUGUGUGUGGAGAUCGUGGAGAGUGGUGUGAUGACCAAGGACCUGGCUGGCUGCAUCCACGGCCUGGCAAACUGCAAGCUGAAUGAACAUUACGUCAACACAUCAGACUUUCUGGACGCCAUCAGGACCAACCUGGACAAGGCUCUGGGCAAGUGAAGAGGAGGACAACACCACCACCACAAACUAACACUACCUUAGAUCUGUGUUGCUCGUCCGUUAGGGUUAGGUCUCUCCUCCGUUAGGGUUGGGUCUCAACCUGGACAAGGCUCUGGGCAAGUGAAGAGGAGGACAACGCCACCACCACAAACUAACACUACCUUAGAUCUGUGUUGCUGCCAUGUUGUGGUGUCUCUCUGUAGUGUUGUGGUGUCUCUCUUUAUGUAGUGUUGUGUGUCUCUAUGUAGUGUUGUGGUGUCUCUCUCUAUGUAGUGUUGUGGUGUCUCUC